AUGCUGAUUGACGACGAACAAGAGGUCCGUUACGGCGGAGCUCAGGCCGACGACGCCGGAGAUGUAAGUGAUGCGGGUCGGAGUGAAGAACUUCACACGAAUGAUAAUAAUUGUAUAGGACGCGGCGCGGAAGGCGCAGGAGCGUGAGCUCAAAAAGGCCGAAGUGCGUAAGCGAAUGGAGGAGGCGGCGAAGAAGGGCAGCAAGAAGAAGGGAUUUCUGACGCCCGAGAGAAAGAAGAAGCUCAGGGUGAGUCAGGGGUGUUCAAAAAAACUCAAAAAACUCCCCCCCCCCCGUUUCCAGAAGCUGCUCAUGAUGAAAGCGGCAGAGGAUCUGAAGCAGCAGCAGAUGCUCAAAGAGCAGGAGCGUCAGAAGACUCUUCAGCAGCGAAUCAUCUCGCUGCCCGACGUGGAUGCGAUCAACGAUACCGGCAAACUGCUGCAGAUCUACGAGGACAUUUUCGCGCGAGUCUGCGCUCUCGAGGAGGAGAAGUUCGACAUCAACUUUGCCGUUCAGCAGACCGAGGCCGAGAUCAAUCAGUUGACCAUUCAGGUCAACGAUUUGAGAGGAAAAUUGUACGUUUCGUUUUGGGGUAGUGUGUGUGAGGGCGUACUCAUAGGGCUACUGUUUCAGUGUGAAGCCGUCGCUCAAGAAGGUCUCCAAGUACGACAACAAGUUCAAGUCUUCCGGAGAGGGAAAGGUAAUACGGUCGAAUUUGGAUACGAAAAGGAUUACAGUAACCCAUUUGCAGGAAAAGUCCAACUUCCGCACCAACCUCAAAGUGGUGAAGAAGGAGACGGAUCUCGACGAGAUCCUCGCCAAGAAGAAGGGUCAGACCGGCGACGGAAAGCCCGAGUGGUCGAAGAAGGACCAGAAGAAGGAGGAGGAGGCUGCUCCGGCCGAGGAGGCCUCUGUGGCCGAACCGGCGCCGGCCGAAGAGCCCGCCGCGGCCGACGACACCGCCGAGCAGGAAGAGGAAGAGGAGGAGGAGGAGGAGGAGGAGUAG